AUGAAGCUAAGGACACUGGAGCUGUUGCAUAUAAAAAAUGCUUAUCGGAUACCUAUACGUUUAUCCGGUGGAAGGAGCGCAACUUCCAUUCUUGAAUUAUGUUUUCAUGUAACAAAAGAAGAUGCCAUUGCAUUAAGUAUAUCAUCAAAACUGAAAGACAAUGACAAAAUGUUAUUAAGACAAUAUAUGAAUUUAUUAGAGAUAAUACCAAAAGAUAUUAUUUCAGAAAAAAUACAAUUUGCAUUAGAUGGAGCAUCAGUUUUAGGUCAUUUUGAUGUGUAUCCAGCUCGAGAUAUAAUGCUUUUGAUUCAUUCAGCAGACAUAUUUUCACGGACAUAA